GGCCCCCGCACCAACCGUUGCAAGAGCCAAACGAGGAUGACGGACAGUGUCAUGUCGGUCCACCCGAACGGCGAGACGAAGCUCGAGGUCGCCGACACACGCAGCAUCUUUCUCAACGACGAGGCCAAGAACCGCGAGCUCCGGCUCAAGGGGCAUUACACGACCAAUUGGGUCGCGACCUCCAAGUACACGCUCGUGAGCUUUGUGCCCAAGACGCUUUUUGAGUUUUUUCGGGUCAUUGCCAACGGCUAUUUCCUCUUCAUUUCCGUCAUUCAAUUGGCCACUUCGUGGUCGCCGACGAACCCGUACACGACGGCCGGUCCGCUCCUCAUUGUGCUGCUCGUCUCCAUGUUCAAGCAAGGACAUGAAGAUAAGAAGCGGCAUGAUGCGGAUGCGAUCCAAAACAGCCGCCUCUGCACUGUCGUAUCGACGGGGGGCAACCUCGUCAGCAAAAAGUGGCAAGAUGUGCUUGUCGGCGACAUUCUCUUUGUCAAGGACAAGGAUGAAUUGCCCGCCGACAUUUUGAUCUUGGCCACGUCGGAAGAAGAAGGCCGGUGCUUUGUCGAGACGUGCAACUUGGACGGCGAGACGAACUUGAAGCGCCGGACCGCGCUCGAGCCGAUUGCCAAACUCGUUGGCUUCCGCAGUCUCAACGACGCGGUGCUGAACGAAGAGGCGCACAAGGCGAGUUGCGCGGCGUUCCAAGGCUCGAUCGAGUACGAGCAGCCCAACAACCGCCUGUAUAACUUUACGGGGCGAAUCCAAGCGGCGUCGACCGGCGAUGCUGUGCCCAUCGGCCCCAACAACAUUAUCUUGCGCGGCUGCAGCAUCCGAAGCUGCGCCUAUGUGUUCGGGGUGGUGCUGUUCGCGGGCAAGGAAACCAAGCUCAUGCAGAACGCCCGCGCAACGCCGUCCAAGCAGAGCAACGUCUACCGCAUGGUCAACCGCUGCAUCGUGCUCAUCUUCUUGACACAGUUUCUCCUCUGCAUCAUCAGCACGCUCUCGUUCAACACGUGGGUCUCGGACUACAAGCAACGUGUGUGGUAUUUGCCGUUCAUCGAGGCUGAUGGCACGGCCUUUUUCACAUUCCUCAUCCUCUACAACAACCUCGUGCCCAUCUCACUCUACGUCUCCCUCGACAUGGUCAAGGUGGCCCAAGCCAAAAACAUCUCGUCAGACCCGGACAUGUGCCACGAAGGCUUCCACGCGAUUGCGCGCACGUCCGACCUCAACGAAGACCUCGGGCAGAUCGAGUACAUUUUCUCCGACAAGACGGGCACGCUGACGCAAAACAUCAUGGAGUUUCGCAAGUGCUCGGUCGGCGGUAUCGUCUACGGGUACGGGUCGACGGAAAUCGCGGCCGCGGUCGCGCUUCUCGCCAAGAAGGACACCUCGUCGUCGCUCAAGCCCAAGGAGCCCGAAGGGGACAUUGAGGCAGCUCAGAUCUUCCGCGACAAGACCAUCAACUUUGACGACCCGCGCUUGGUGCACGAGCUUGCGACGCAAGGUCCGAACGCGGACAAGAUUCGCGAUUUCCUGACGCUCCUCUCGGUGUGCCACACGGUGAUUCCGGAAGCGAACGCGACCACGGGGGCUGUAAACUACCGCGCAUCGUCGCCCGACGAGGAGGCGCUCGUCAAGGCCGCGCGCUGCCUCGGCUUUAAUCUCAAGACGCCAGCGCCGCUCUUGGAAGUCGAUGUGACACGCAAGGGGCAGGCCGCCGAGACGCAAGCGUACACGAUUUUGAACGUCAACGAGUUCAACUCGACGCGGAAGCGCAUGUCGGUCGUGGCCCAGUUCCCCGACGACCGCCUCGUCCUGCUGUGCAAGGGUGCUGACAAUGUGAUUCUGCCACGCUGCAAGAAGGACGCUUUCUCUGCCAACCUCGACGAACAGCUCCGCGACUUUGCGACCGAGGGCCUCCGGACGCUCGUGUUGGCGCAGCGCGAGCUCUCGGCUGCCGAGUACGACGCGUGGAACGUCAAGUACCAGGAGGCCGCCACAUCGCUCGUGAACCGGGACCAGAUGCUCGACGAUGUGGCCGAGCAGCUCGAAGUCGACAUGGACAUUGUUGGCGCAACCGCGAUCGAGGACAAACUCCAAGUUGGUGUCCCCCGCACGAUCUUCAACCUCGCGCAGGCCGGCAUCAAGAUUUGGGUUCUCACCGGCGACAAGGAGGAAACCGCUGUCAACAUCGGGCACGCGUGCCGGCUUCUCGACGAUGGCAUGAAGCUGCUGUACGUCAACCGCGAAAACAUUGACGACCUCGUGGCGCAGAUUGACUAUUUGUUUCAAAUGCCAGCGAUCCAAGACCUCUACAAGAAGAAAGCUGUGAGCAACGAGAUGGCGGUUGUCUGCGAUGGCAAGUCGCUCGUGCACCUCUUUCCCGCCAAAGCCACGACGCAGUCGGACGCGGAGAAAGCUGCGGCCAAAGAGCUUCGGCGCAAACUGCUGGUUGUUGCGAGCGUCUGCAAAGCGCUCAUUGCGUGCCGCGUCUCGCCCGCGCAAAAAGCCGACAUUGUCAACCUCGUGCGCUUCAACUCGGUCAACAAGCCUAUCACGCUCGCGAUCGGUGAUGGCGCCAACGACGUCAACAUGAUCCAGUCGGCGCACGUCGGCAUCGGUAUCUGUGGUCAAGAAGGUGUCCAGGCCGUGAAUGCGAGCGACUAUGCGAUCGCGCAAUUUCGAUUUCUCGAGCGCCUCUUGCUCGUACACGGACGGAGCAACUACAAGCGCAUUGCCAAGGUCAUCUUGUACUCGUUCUACAAGAACAUGUCGCUCGUGAUCGUGCUCUUCCUCUUCAACUUUUUCAACGGCCAAAGCGGCUCGUCGCUCUUUGAGAGCUUUGUGCUCGCGGGCUGGAACUUCUUUUUGGCGUUGCCGAUCAUUUCGAUCGGUGUGUUUGACCAAGACGUCAACCCGGAGCAAGCGCUGGCCUUCCCACCGCUGUACACGACGGGCCAGCGCAACGAGGACCUCAACGUCAAGUGCUUUCUGCUCUGGAUCGCCAACGCCGUCUACCACGCCUUUGUGAGCUUUUGGAUCCCGCUCUACAUUGUGCCCGCGUAUGCGACCCACUCGUUUUACCUCCAAGGCACGACGAUCUACUCGGGUUUGCUCAUGACGAUGAACGCCAAAGUCAUUUUGGAGACGCUGUGCUGGACGCGGUUCAGCUACGCAGUCCUCGCCUUCAGCAUCCUCCUCUACUUUUUCUUCCUCCUCGUGUACCCGUACUUGACGUUCCUCGGCACCGAUAUGGUUGGCGUGACGCCCAUCAUGCUUGGCGCGGAUCUUUACUGGGCCGUCUUCUUCCUCGUUCCCGUCGCUGGUAUUCUCGUCGAUGUGUCCCUGACGAGCAUCUACCGCAUGUACUGGCCGACAGAAGCCAACAUUUUGCGUGAACGCAGCGCGCUCAAGAAGGUCGACCAGCGCCUCAUGGACUGCUCGAGCCGGAAGGGGCUGGCCGGUGCCUCGCAGUCGUUCGUUGACAACGAGGGUGACGAGAAGGCGGGUGUCCGCAACCUCGAGAUGCGCAGCUACAAGGGGUUUGCCUUCUCUGCGCCCGACGACAAACAGGCGACGACACACCAAACGAGCACCGGGGCGAGUGUCCGCGAAAUCGCAACGCUGCGCGUCGACCAGCUCAGCACCGGGCGGCGUCUCAGCGACACACAGUCCAUGCAUGGGCCUCCGCGCCACAGCGACUCGUCCAAAGCCAACGAAGCGCGAUCGUCGGCCAAACCGUAGCCGCCGUGUACACAGAAUACCUACUGUAGCUAGCGACUCGAUGCUUUUCUUCACAAUAUCAAUAAACCCCAUGUCUCUGUCU